AUGUUGACAAGGUCUACUAUAACGCGUUCUAUCAGGCUUAAUCGUGGAAUAAUGUCUGCUAGGUUCUAUACUGAGGGCUCCACUGGGGCGCCAAGGGGCGUGAAUCAAGAGGAUUCAUUUACAAAGAGGGAAAAGAUGAACGAAGAUUAUUUCAUCAAACAACAUGAAAGAGAGCAGCUACGUAAUUUGAGGCAGCAGCUUAAAGAGCAUAAAAAGAAAUUGGAUAAUUUAGAAUCUAAGAUCAAUGACAUGCAAAAAUAG